AUAUCAUUCAGCCGCGGCUGAGAUACACAUGUCAAGUUAAAGCAAUGACUAAUCAGGAUAUUUACUAUAGUCUUCUAAAUUCGGUAAGUCCAGCUCUAAUCCACGGCUCUUCAUUUGAUGUUUAUACCCUAGUGUACAAUUGGAAAGACAAAAGGGUCAUGCAAAGAACGUUACGAGGUACAAGCUGAACUUGUUUAUAACCCGUCGGAGGGCUGGAUACUAUCACUUUGGUAUAAUCAGCAGAGCUGAUGCCUGCAGGAAGGAGAGAGUGCUAAUGCUUUCUGCCAGUACGUCUCAUCUUUAUUAUAUUCAACCUUCUGACGGCAAAGCCACAGUAUUCAUUUUUCACAAGUAUUGCAGCUGGAGGUGAGAAAAGAAUAAACUAACCAGCAUACUAAAAUGAUUCAUAAAGCACAUUACUGACGGGGGCUGAAAUUGCAUCAGGCUUUGACUGUACUAUUGCUAAAGGUACCCAUUUUCAUCCGGCUUACACUCAUUAUGCAUCAUGAGUUAUUUUUUGGCUUAUUGCAAGUCCCAUCGUGGGACGGUGUUUACUCAGUACCAGAUGCUCCGAGCCGAGAGACAGUUGUGUGAUGUUUCUCUCAUCGUGGAUGGAAAUGAAUUCCCCGCGCACAAGUCCCUGUUGGCUUGUUCAAGUGAUUAUUUCCGAGCCAUGUUUAAGGACCAUACUAAAGAAUCUAAGGCCACCAUUGUCCACCUAAAAGUGAUCUCAGCCACAGGCCUGCAAAACAUUCUGGAUUUUAUCUACACUUCAUGGUUGUCUCUUUCAUUGAGCACUUUGGAGGAUACUUUAGAAGCUGCCAGUUAUCUCCAGGUUCUGGGUGCCAUACCCUUGUGUAGCCAGUUUCUGAUUAACACUUGUGACUUGGAAAGCUGCUGUUUUGUUGUCAAUAUUGCAUUCAAGUUUUACCUUACAGAUGCAUUGACUGAGGCUGAAAAAUACAUCAUUACUAAUCUCUGGAGGCUGCUACAGGAAGACCUAGAUGACACUGAGCUGCUUGAAUUAAAUGUAAAAUCAAUGAUAAAUAUUAUCAAGUCAAAUGAUAUCCCUAGGGUUUCUGAGAAAAGCCUAUUGACUCUAGUGCUGAACUGGCUCCAAUAUGAUAGAAUUAGACUUGGAUAUGCUAAAGUGCUCUUUGACAAUAUCCGAUAUGGACUUCUGCCACUGGAUACACUACGCAAACUAUAUACGCAGACUGAUGUGCCCCUGACAGCCUCUAUUAAAUGUAUGAUCAUAAAAGCAAUAAAUUACCAUUCCACUCCUUCAAAGCAACCCCUUUUGCAAGAUAAAUUCAGCACCCUGAGAAACCAGAAGGAAUGGAUCAUGCUUGUUGGGGGAACUGCUAAUGACACCUUUGUUGAAAAUGUCCUCGGAUUCGAUGUGUACAGCCAUAAAUGGCGUUCGGUAACCAACCUGCACCUCAAGGUUCAGCAUCACUGCACCUGUGUCAUUGGUAACUUCCUAUAUGUGCUUGGGGGUGAGACGCCAGAAAGGGCACAAUAUUCUACAAAGGAUUCCUCCUUAUGUGUAACAAAUAUUGUGUAUCGGUAUGAUCCAAGGUUUGACCAAUGGCUACAGGUUUCUGGUAUGUUAGAGAAUAGGGCCCAGUUCUCUUGUUGCAUCAUUGAUAAGUACAUAUUUGCAAUGGGUGGCAGAGGUGACCAGCAGACACUUUUAUCAACUGUGGAAGUUUAUGAUAUUAACAGAGAUACCUGGACAAAGUGUAAAGAUUUGCCAUCUAAGAUGCACGGCCAUGCUGGCACUGUGCACAGUAAUAUCAUUUACAUCUCAGGGGGUAAGACGGAUACUCAAGCCAACAGUAGUAAGGAUGUCUAUUCAUUUAAUAGGUUAGAGGGCCAAUGGAAAAAACAAGCGUCUAUGAGUAUUGCAAGGUUCGGGCACCAGAUGGCUACGGUAAAAGAUGCUAUUUUCACAUUUCUUGGAAUUUAUGAACCAUUUUCUGACAUAGAAAAGUAUGAUCCAAAAACCAACCAAUGGACCCGCCUGAGGCCGUUACCUUUUGAUCGGUUUUCCUAUGGUUUGGUCGUGGUGGAGCAAACGGUUCUUCUUCUUGGGGGCAAAAAAUGGCAAGAUUCUCAAGAGGUGCCAACUCAGAAUAUUGUUGGUUACGAUACAGAAAAUGACUGCUGGGAGGAAAUAUGCAGCAUGGCUUUUCCUUUUAGUGGUUUGCAGUGUUCAGUUCUGCAGCUGUCGGAUGUGACGGAAAGCGAUGAGAAAUGCUCCAAGGUGCACGCUCUAAAAAAAGUACAAUAAGUUCAAGCAUUGAAGUAUAUUUAGAGAGUGUAGAAAGAUUAAUGCAUGAUAUCUUGUAUAUCAUGUGUCCGUUCAUUGCAUUUUCAGUUCUGUUUAUCGCUUUGCUAUAAAACAAUCACUGCGCAGUGGGACUAGUGAAACUGGAAUUCUGACCACUGACCACUGCAUUUUGUAUCGCAUUCAUUGGGUUUAUUGGAUUUUAUAGGGUUAUGUAAUAAAGCACUAAGUUUUCCCGGGAGCAGUAACCCAUAGCAACUAAUCAGCAGGUAGAAUUUACUGGUCACUAGGGAUGAGUGAAUCUGUCCUGUUUCACUUCACCAAAAAUUUGCGAAAUGUUGCAAAGAUUGGAAAACCUAGGAAAAUGUUGUGCGUCAAAAAAAUUGUUGUGUGUGUAAAACAAAAAUUGCUGCACGUGUUAAAUGAAUGACGCGCAACAUUUUUUAUUGACGUGUGUCAAAAAAUGAUGCACGCAACAUUUCUUUUGGAUGUGUUUAACUUUUUUUGUUACGUGGCAAAUUUUUUUGCAACAAUUUUUUUUCAUUUUUUGUCGAAACGCACAAAUUCUCCGCAAAUCCUUGUGAAAAAUUUCACUCAUCACUACUGGUCACCUGUUUAAAAGCAAAUUUCUUAUGGGUUGCUAUAUUACAUAUAGGGUUAGUGUUAAUGAAUUCAGUACUGUUCUGGAUUUGCUUCUGCACUUUACACAUAAAGACUCAAUACUAAUCAUAUUGGCUUCAGAAGAAACCUGGGGUUCAUUCAUUAUUUACAUUGUUUUAUUUCUGUACUGUAUAACAUUUGGCAGAUAGGAUUCUUUUGUUCUUUUGUGCCCACAUUUUAAACUUAUGUGCACAUUUUAAAAUACAGUGCGCUCAGGUCAGAAUAGCUACAAAAUGUUGCUUUUUUUAUUCUUGUUGUGUGCGCUGGCCUUCAAAUUUGUGUGCAGGUGUGAGGAGCGCUCACAGUAGAAGGAACAUUUCCGGAAACCCAUUAUCCAGAAUGCCCCAAAUUAUGAGACAGCCAUUUUCCAUAGACUCCUUAUGAAACA